AUGCCAAAGACUAUCCCACAGAUACUAGACCUAGGAUCAACAUCAUCAUUGCCCUCAGUAACAUCAACUGAAUGCUCGUCACGCAUGGCUUCAACGUCAUCCAUUUCCCUAGCUGGUGAUUCCACAUCAUCCAAAAUUAGAACUAGUCAUUUGUUGCAACACAGACCCAAGAAGAGGAAAAGAACACCAAUCAUACAAAAUGAAGAUAAUAAUAAUAGUCUACCAGAGUCUACACGACGUCAAUUAGAGGCAAGUAAGCAAAUCUUGUAUAAUGUCAUUGAUCGAAUAUUAGAUGGCCAAACAUUGGGUCACUCUUUGUCAUUUCUUUAUGGUCGAGUCGAAGCUAUUUGUCGAUACAAGCAUAAUGAACAAACAGCAUUAGCUGAUUAUUUGUUUGACAAGCUUAACACAUUUUUCAACAGAAAGAUUGAAACACCAAUUUCAAAGGCCAGUGUCCCUUUUGAAACAGAGGACACUCGUGAAUUGAGCGCCGAGAGGUUUGCUUUAUGUUUAUGCGAGCAUGUUCUCGAAAAUUGGAAAAUUUGGAACACUAUUAUAAUGAAAUUGAGCCAAGUGUUUGGUUAUCUCGAAAAGAACUAUUUGCGUCCACACCACUCACGAAAGUCUAUUAUCAAAUACGGUGAGACAAAAUUUGCAGAAGUGUAUUUUGCAAACAAGUCGAAUGAAUCUGAAAUUGAAAUACUACUAGCAGCUGUUGCUUCUGGUGAGACUGUACAGACGCACAGCUAUGCGCGUAUAGUACUAGACCUGUACGCCAGGGUUACUGACUUGUAUUAUCGUGCAAAGUAUUGGAAAUCCGUAGAUGAGGGACUUAUUAAUCGAUCACGAGAAGCUUUCAAAAAUAUGACUGCUUUAUUUCAGCGCUUUGAAUCCAAAAAUAUACAGCUGGAGUCGUCGGCUCAGUCUCCAGAACUUAUAAUAAUGGACCAAUUUUCACCACGUAUUGAACGUGAAUACAUUGGGUGGUUUUGUAAUGAGAAGUUUCAAAAAGCCUUUGAACUAAAAAGGAGAUUUAUGAUUAUCGAUGAAGAAUGUGCCUUUUACUCAGGCUGCGGCAUAAAUAAACAAACUGUCGAUAAAGUAGCGGCUAAAUUGAUGUUUUUCUUAAUCUUUCGGGAUGACUUUAAUGACUUGGUUUUGAAAGGUUUUGAAGAAUUGAUUGACUCACCAAAAGAAAUGCAAUUAUUAAAUAAGAUGUGCCUUGAAAUCGAGAAGGGUCUAGUGCUUAAUGGAAAGGAGAAAUUGGUGUUUACUUGGAAGCAGUAUUGUGAAAAGAAGUUUCAAGAUGCCAUUACAACCUAUCAAUCUAACUUGAGUGAGCUGCAAUUAUAUCCGAACGCACUAAUAUAUUUGAGUAUUGUUUCUGGAAGGCUUGAGCUGAAGAUUCACUUUUAUUACAAUGAUGAUACUGAUUUCAAUCUGAUUUUAAAAUCGUCGUUGGGAGUGGCUGUGAAUAAACCGGGUAAUAAUACUUAUAUCAUACAGCAGAUGUGCAAACUAUGUGAUUUAUAUUUUAAAUCCAAACUAGAGAUUGUGGUUGGUUCCUUGGAUAGUUUGUGGGAAUUAAUCAAACAUCCUUAUUUCGUAUUAUCAAACCAGGUUGAUUUUUUGACAGCUUACAAGAAGGAUUUAUCUCGAAGAUUACUCUUGGGUAAAACUUCUAGUUUAAAAGAGGAGCAUCAAUUGGCGAAGUUUUUCGGGAUUUUUGGCCAUGGAUCCGAAGUUUCUGGCAAUAUAGAAGAUAUGUUUGAAGACUUGAAGGCGUCCGAAGAAAUUUAUUCUAAGUUGGUAAAGAAUCCUUACUUUGAAUUUACCCCAGUAGUUUUGGAAAAAACAACAUGGUCAGAUAUCCCAAGUCAAGAUUUGUCGUCGGUUCAAUUACCGAUUGAAUUUGCCAAUGUGUUGAAGAAUUUUGUUCAAUCUUUCUGUAAAUCAGAUGAAAGAAACGGCAAGAAGCAAUUGGAUUGGUCCAAUUACAAAUUACACCAAUUGACUAUUGCCGGGCAUUUUAAUAGUGGGGAAAUAUCCAUAAGUGCCAAUAUGUUACAAGCAAUGAUUAUCCUUUUGUUCAAUGAAUCUGAUGAGUAUACAUUUGAACAACUCAUUGAUAAGACUAAAAUGGAUGCGCCACUUUUACAAGCAGUUCUAAAUACAAUGGUUACCGGAAAAUGCAAAAUAUUGAAACAACAAGGCAAUAAGAUCAAGUUUAAUAAUAGUUUUAAAGACAAGUCUAAGACAAUUAGAUUGCCUAUAAUUAAGGAAUCGACAGCAGCUUCGAUGCCCAGUAGAGGAACAUCAAUUGAUAAAGAAGUUGUUGAAGUUAUUGAAAGGAAUAGAAAUGAAGAAUUCAAAUCGGUGGUCGUACGAAUCAUGAAACAAGCAAAAUCACUAUCAAUGACAAAUCUUUUGAAUCAAAGUAUUGAGAUUUUACAAAGACGUCGACCUGUAUCAGUAAUCGAUCUUAAAUCUGCUAUUGAACGUUUGAUUACUGAUGAAUUUCUUAAAAGAAAAAAUAGGGAUACAAUUGAAUACAUUUCUUGA